AUGGCAGAGCAGAUCACUCGCGAUGUGGUAAACGAAGCACAGUCGAUGGGUGACCCUUCGCCCAUCGACGCUCCUGCGACAACCACCACCAUUUCCAGCACGGGCAACUGCCAAGCCGCCCCAGAAGCCGCGAACAUCGAGCCAAAAGCCUCCGACGAUCUCCUGCAGUCUCCACUGUAUGCCCCCAUUAUCGAAGCACCAGCCGCCGAUGACACACGCCUUCCCGACAAUGUACAGGUGAAUGAUGUGAAAGGGAGCGGUGAGGGUGUAUUGAGUCACGAAGAUGUGCCGACAGAUGUACAGAAUGCGGCGCCUGAGGGAGUACAGUCACAGCCCCCAGAAGCUUCCGAUGGUGCAGCAGAUGAGCUCGUAAAUGGCGACAGCGGAGACUAUCUGGCACCUGACGAUGGCACGCGAGAGCUUGCCGCAGCGGAAACAAGCGGCGGGUCGGAUACAGAGGCCAGCAGAGCGGAUAGCACAGACCCUACAAGCGAAGGACCAAGAAGGCAUCUCCGCUCGAACUCGGUCAAGAAACCUACGUCCUUCAAACCUGUCUCUGUGACCAAGAAUUUCCUCGCCAAAUCUGGAGCAUCAACACCCUCUGCACGCCCCACCGACAGAGGUGGUUCUCCCCUCGGACAGCCGAACAGCUCAUCGCAACAACUAGCAAGACCAAGACUGGUUGCGAAGGCAGGCAGCGGCACCUCCGCCCCAAGAUCGGGGUUGUCCAAGGUCAACGGAGCAGGCGGCGCCCCGGACGCAAGCACGGUUUGGAACAAGAAUCGACCUGCGCCAACGCCUGCCGCAAAGUCAUUAACAGACGAGGAGCUGAAGCAACAGUUCGGUAUUCAUAUGGCCACACGUCUACAAGCGGACGAAGCAAGCAAGGAUCCAAAGUGGGCAGACAUCGAGGACGACGAGGACGAUUGGGCGCCCGAGACUGUGGAAUGGAUGGAUGGCACGAAGUCGACCCUUGCCCAAGCCGAGAAUCAAGCCCCUUCUGACGAGGAGAAGCCGAAACCUGCCCAGCGAGAGAAGCCCGCUGACAGUCCUAAACCUGCGUUAGCUAUGGCGCAACGGCCUAGUGCUACCGGAGGCACGAAGACGAUACUAAAGCCAGGAAGCCAUACUCCAGUGAACCAACCCAAGCCUGGCGGCCUUGUGCUGAAGGGUGCUCCGGAGAAGCCCACACUCGUAGCUAAACCGGCAGCCCCUGUACCAGCAAAGUCUCCAUGGGCGCCCUUGCCUCCCAUUGAUAAAGUCUCUCCUAUUGCCCCUUCAGUGCAACCACUACCUCAAUCACGAUUCUCGCAACGAGAUCCACACGGGUUUGAUGCCUUACCGCCAGCCCCAUCCCCUGCCAAGGAGAUAGCCGCCGACGACUUCAGCCGAUCGUGGCGUGAGGAUCGAGGUACCAAAGAGCUGUUCAACUCACAAUCUGGACGGUAUGAGCCAGUCAACGAGACACGUAGAGGCUCUGCGCGAAUUGAUGGUGGUUUCCGGCAGCCCUCGGUACUUCAGAGACCUCAACAAAACCAGCCCGGACCCGCAGAACCAUCAGCAGCAUUUCAGACGAACAGAGCUGGCCACGCCGCUGAAGGAGGCACGUGGACGAGGCGGCGAACAUCCUCUAAUGUUAGCGGCGGCUCCGGCCAGAUGCGUAGAAUGUCCUUUAGUAGACCUCACGAGGUUCUGUCUAUGCCCUCUGAUCCGCUUCAGAGGAGGCCCUCUCAACAACUGAAUGUUGGAGAUGCUGGUAGACCUCCGUUCCCACAAGGACGCACACCUUUUCCCGAACAAGGCAUGCCCUCCGUGGGGCAGACCAUGGCUCGCGGUGAGCAGAUUCCACCUGACUCGGCUCGGGAUCGUGCACGACCCGCUUCGCCCGGCGACCCCAUCAUAUCAACGGUUGCGGCAGGCACGGAUUCUCAGGUACCGGAACCUCCACUGCCUCUGCCUGAGGACCCAGUUGUAGUGCAGCAGCGUCUCAUGCGUGAAAAGAUUGAGCGCGCGAAGAAGGAGAAGGAGCGUCGCAAGGAGGAAGAGGAGCGGGAGGAAGCGGCGCGCAAAGAACGGAUCAAGCUGAAGCUUGCAGCUCUGGGGCCCCCACCAGACCAGAAGGCGAGGGCCAGAGAAGCAUCUGACCUCCCGAAGCCGGGCGCGCAAGCGGAAACCCCUAGUGCAACUUCAGCUUCACUUGCUCAACCAGAGCUAGACCAGCCACCUCCCCCGCGGGACGGGCCUGCGCGGCCGUUUAUUCCCGAGUCCCCAACAACGGCGAUACCGGCAAUACCGACAAUACCGGCGACAAUAACAGGCGAGGUGACGCACUAUGGAUUGAUGAAAAUCCACCAACCCCGCUACUUAAACCCCCCAGCCCCCUCGCCAGAUUCCUCUUCUUCCCACACUUUUUCCCGCGAGCGUCCAGUACUUCAAAAAGCAUCUUCACGCUCUGCACAAGAGAUCCAGUCUGCUACUCAAUCAGCCCACUCAACCCAAUCAACUCAUUCAAUCCACACGAACCCAUCAUCCUCAUCAACUCAAUCAACUCGAUCAAGAGAAAUGGCUCCUCAAAUGGAUGUCCAGAUUGCCUCCAGCGCUCUUCACCACGACCCGCUUGUCAAGGCUCAGGCAGAGCUUCGCAAAGGUACUGCACCACUUUCGCACAAUUUCUCACUGCCGCUGGUGUCGCAAGCAUGGAAAUCUAAUAAACGUGCAGAUGCCAUCAACCCUUGGGCUGGUAGCAGCGGCAUGGCCGUUUCCAUGGCUACGGGAGGCAAUGUCUGGGGCGCUCCUUCCCACGAUCGUGCUCUCGGCAACGGCACCUUCGAAAAGCAACAGCCAUUGACACAGCAACAUGCGAUUGCUUCUUCCUACACUCCUCCUCACUUGCGUGGUCGCUCGCCUGAGCAGUUAGCCAAGUUGCAAGCUUCGCAGCAACAAACUGCAGCUCCUCCCUCUCAGAAUCAAGAUGUUGCGGACUGGUCGGCAGUCAAUCGUGGGCCGUCAAAAGAGCAAUUGGCCGCUGUGGCCAAGUUGAACAAAUCGCCACCCUCAUCUCGUUCAGUCUCACCAAAGAAACCAUCUCCAUGGGAUUCCACCUCUCGCUCGCGCUCACCCAAGCAACAUCAAGCUCAACACGUCACCGUUCCCAGCAAGGCCACUCAAGCGCCCACCGCACCAGGCCCUAUUGGCCGUCCUCUCACAAAUUCGGCCGCUCGCAAUGGUGUCCAGCCGAAAAAGUACGACACGUCAGUCUGGACGACCCUCCCAGGUCAAUUGUCUGUCGAUGAGAAGGCCAUAGCCGAAAAGAACAGAGCUGAACGCGCUGAACUCGAUAAGCGCAUCGCAGCUGGUGAGGUUUUCUCAUACAACCCGGAAAUCGACGUCGUAUUCAAGAAGACUGGCGAGAGGAGGACCAAAUCGCCUAAAACCACCGACGCUCAGCCAGUCAAGACCGUUGAACCUCAGCCAGACAAAGCCGUCGAAGCUCGGUCAGUCGAAAUCAUCGGAGCCCAACCGGUCAAAGCCAUCGAACCUCAGACGAUCAAGGCCGUCGAACCUCAGCCGACCAAGUUCACCAAAACGACUUGGAACAACCUUCCAAGCACAUUGGCUGCCAAUGAGAAGAUCACCGCCGACAAGAACCGGAUCGCUCUCGCUGAAUUCGACAAGCUCACAGCGGCUGGUAUGCGGCCAUCAUACAUGGUUGAUGUGCAAACAAACUUCAAAAAGAUUGGUGGUGGCAAACCCAAGUCGCCCAAGACUGAGGUAGUCGUCCAAUACGCAAAACCAACACCAGAUGGCGAAACAAGCGCGACUUCAGCUCACCAAGACGAGAUGGCAGCCACCAUCUCUCGGCCGCCGAAGCACGAAUUCACCGUUGUCCAGCCAGCGCCUCAGUCUCAAGCUCCGCACAUCAUCGCGGGCCAGCGUAGUUCAAAGUUCUUCCCACGCAGUCAGGACGCGCAAGCUCCGCAGCCUUCUCCUCCAUCAUCGAAGUCAGCCUCACCGCCACCUCCUGAAUCCAGGAACCACCCAGCCCAUGGUGAGUCCUCAAGCGCACCAAAGGUCAACUUGCCGAUCCCGAAGGCAGUUGUUAAGCUCCCACCCGCACCAACUCCGGUUCCAAAGCCUGUUCAAGCGCCAGUUCGUGCACAGCAGACCCGCCUUGGGUCUCAGCCAAUCGUCGCAUCCCUUUACUGGCAAGAACGUUUCGGUGCAUUGCUCGGAAACCGGACAGCACAGCCUGUCCAGGCACUAACCUCACCCCCAACCCAGGCAACUGCUCCAGCCAAUGCACUUGCUGUGAGCUCGGCAUCGAAGCCGUCAAUCGACGUGACUUCGGCGCAGGCCCAGACGACCGUUUCGCUGCCAAAUCACACCAGCAGUCCCAAGGCCAUCAGUCUCACAGACGAUACCGAUGCAGUCAUCUCGAAGCCCACUGAAGAGGACCUCCACAACGAUCGCGAAUUUGGGUCUACCCCGACCGUUCGUCUACCAAAGAACCCGGCCGUGUACGCUGGCCUCCUCGCUCUCGGACCGCCUCCGCGCCCAUUGCUACCGCACCUGAGGUACUCCCGGCCAGUCGAAAUCUCUACAGCUCAGCCGGUCGAGUUUGCUCCAGAAGUCUCCAUGUCCGCAGUUUCUGGUCUUGUUCUCAAGAUCCGCCUACCUGGUCAGGAGGCUACGAAGACAUGCAUCAUGCCGAGGCCGCAAACCAGCAGUAUUCGCUACACCAACACCAAGAAGACCUUCACGCCGCGCACCAGCAGCAGCAAUCAGCAAAACGCUCGCGCAAGGAAGCCCCAGGGUACCUUCCAGCCUCAAGGCCAGAGUCAGACCGCAGCGCCGCGACCACAGGGUCAGAGCAAUAACGUGUGGGCCAAGCCGUCAAAGAGCGCUUCUCAGGGCAACAGGCGUAACUAUGGCAUGGUCCACUGA